AUGGUCGACGGCAAGCCCAUCAGCUUGGGGCUCUGGGAUACCGCCGGUCAGGAGGAUUACGAUCGUCUGCGGCCCCUCUCCUACCCGCAAACCGACGUCUUCCUCAUCUGCUUCUCCAUCGUCAGCCCGCCCUCGUUCGACAACGUCAAGGCCAAGUGGUACCCCGAGAUUGACCACCACGCCCCCAACAUCCCCAUCAUCCUCGUCGGCACCAAGCUGGACCUGCGCGAGGACGUCGCCACCCUCGACUCGCUGCGGCAGAAGCGCAUGGAGCCCGUCUCGUACGAGCAGGCCCUCGUCUGCGCCCGCGACAUCAAGGCCUACAAGUACCUCGAGUGCUCCGCCCUGACCCAGCGCAACCUCAAGAGCGUCUUCGACGAGGCCAUCCGCGCCGUGCUGAACCCCCGCCCCCAAUAUUCGAAAUCGAAAAAGUCCAAGUGCUCGAUUCUGUAA